ACCACAGGUAUGUUCGCUAAAAGCAACUUUACCAAAACCUUUUCGCUUGUCAGUUGUCCAGUCCCACUGAGUACCCACCGCCACCAAGCAGCAAAGCACCAACCGAACCACCGCCGUCGCCACCAGGCACCGGCAAGCCACCACCCGCUUCCCCUCGAAGUCUUCAUAGCUCUCUUCCCACUCUCACCCCUCCUCCUUCAACCACACUCCUCUUGCUUCUCAGCUUUCAUGGCAGCCCAAUGCAUCGCGCUCUGAGAAAACCCGUCUCUCCGCUUCGGCUUUCGCAGCUCCGGUUCUUUUCUCCGAUCCGCGACCUCCAUGGCUCCGUCCGCAGCGACUUCGCCGCGGACCCGUGCUCUGUCCAUAGCGGACGACGACGGCCGCCGCGACCGGGAGACCCAGAAGGACGACUUCGCCGAGAGCAAGCUGGCGGUGCUUCUCUGCCCUUGUGUCUUCUGCGUCGUUCUGCUCCUCGUCAUACUCUCCGUCCUCCUCACCGUCAAGUUCCACCUUUUCUGCCACACCCCUCUGGGUUCGCUAAUUUACAAGAAGAAAUGCCAUUGACGCCCUCCAAGGCCGUCAAUCUCGCGGGUUCGCCGUACGCGGGUGCCUAUUGUAGGGAAUUUUGUAGUGUUGGGGAUAGGGGUGUUGAUUCUGACGAUGAAGAAGUCGAUGGCGAUGAUGAUAGUGAGGGAGAUGGCGUUGGAAAUGGAGGGGCUGGAGCGGAGACUCGGGCAGAUCGGGCCGAGGUUGAUCGUGUAUGCAAGGUGAUCGACGAAUUGUUCGCGCUGGAUCGGAACAUGGAGGCGGUGUUGGACGAGUGCGGAGUCAUUUUGAGUCACGAUCUAGUGGUCGAUGUGCUGAAGCGGUUCCGUCAUGCUAGAAAACCGGCGUUCCGGUUCUUCUGCUGGGCGGGGCUGAGGCCCGGUUUCGCCCAUGAUUCGAGAACUUACAAUACGAUGAUGGACAUUCUUGGAAAGACAAGGCAGUUCGAGACUAUGGUGUCUAUGCUCGAGGAAAUGGGGACCAAGGGGCUCUUGACGAUGGAGACAUUUACGAUCGCAAUAAAGGCUUUUGCUGCUUCUAAAGAGAGGAAGAAGGCUGUUGGAAUGUUUGAGCUUAUGAAGAAGUAUAAGUAUAAAGUGGGUGUUGAUACUAUUAAUUGUUUACUCGAUGCCCUUGGUCGGGCAAAGCUUGGAAAGGAGGCACGAGCGCUUUUCGAGAAGUUGGGGGAGAGAUUCACACCGAAUUUGAGCACUUACACAGUUUUGCUUAAUGGUUGGUGCAAGGUGAGGAAUUUGAUGGAGGCAGGGAGAGUGUGGAACGACAUGAUUGAUAGAGGAUUUAUGCCCGACAUCGUUGCUCAUAACACGAUGCUUGAAGGGCUUUUGCGGAGCAAGAAGAGGUCGGAUGCCAUUAAGCUUUUCGAGGUCAUGAAGGCCAAGGGACCAUCGCCUAACGUGCGAAGUUAUACGAUUAUGGUUCAAGACUUUUGUAAGCAAGGUAAGAUGAAAGAAGCUGUUGAGUACUUUGAUGAGAUGGUAUAUAAGGGGUGUCAGCCGGAUGCUGCCAUCUACACAUGUUUGAUCACAGGUUUUGGAAACCAGAAGAGGAUGGAUAUGGUGUUUGGAUUGUUGAAGGAGAUGAAGGAAAAAGGUUGUCCACCAGUUGGGAGGACCUAUAACGCUUUAAUUAAAUCGAUGACCAGUCGGAAAAUGCCGGACGACGCAGUCAGGAUAUAUAAGAAGAUGGUUCAGAGUGGCAUUGAGCCCACGAUCCAUACUUAUAACAUGAUGAUGAAGUCUUUCUUCACUACAAGAAAUUACGAGAUGGGUCGUGCAGCGUGGGAUGAAAUGGGCCGAAAAGGGUGUUGUCCUGAUGAUAAUUCUUAUACCGUGUUCAUUGGAGGGCUUAUAAGUCAGGGAAGAUCAGAAGAGGCUUGUACAUACUUGGAGGAAAUGCUAGAGAAAGGAAUGAAAGCUCCUCAGCUCGAUUAUAACAAGUUUGCCGCAGAUUUCUCCAGAGCUGGGAAGCCUGAUAUUCUUGCGGAAUUGGCUAAAAAGAUGAAGUUUUCUGGCAAGUUUGAAGUUGCAAAUGUCUUUGCAAGGUGGGCUGAGAUGAUGAAUAAGAGGAUCAAGAGAAGAGACCCUGUUAAAACCUGAUGGCUUUGUCCCCGAGUAAGCCAAAUUCUUGGGCGUGGCGGAUAUUAACAAGCAGCGUGAAGAAUUUUCUGUUUGCUCCUUGUUUUGAGCAUGAGUUUCAUGCUAAAGGCGGCGGCAGACUGCCUUAUUGUUUCGUGUUGUAUUGCUCUACAUGUAAAUUACUGAUUCCUUUUUUUGAAAGGAAAGGGUCCUUUUUUCUUUGUUUCCUAGCUGCGUGAAACCAUACGAUUUCCGCCAUUGUAGCAUUGUUGAUUCAUCUGCUAUGCUUCUUUAGGUCAGAUUCUGACCAAUGCGUUUGUCUUCGUUAGUCUGUUAUUUUCUUUUGGGAUUGUCUAAUGGGUUGGAGCAAUCACUGGAUAUGCAUUAAUCUUUCUGGAGGAGUGAAGCCUACCAUGAAUCUUAACGGUUUGUGUUCAAACUUGCCACUACAUCAAUUAAAGUCGAAGUUCUUUGA